AUGGCUCCUUCUAAUACACCUGAAGAUUGUAGUGAAGAAGAAAGUUUUCAAAUACAGCUUGAUAAAGAUGUUUAUAUUAGUAAUUUAGAUGAUGAUAAUAUUGAAAUUGAACAAGAUAAAGAAAUCAUACAAAAUAUACAAAAUUUAAGUUUUGAAGAAGCAAUUCCAGUAAAUGAAGAAGAUUUGGCCAAAAAUUUAGAGAUAUCUCAAUAUGUUAAAACAGUUUUUAAAGAUGAAUCAGAUGUUUAA